CGACGAGGCAGCUAAGAUUGCACUCGGAAACAGAAGUGGGAGCCGAAGGCUAUAUGUGUUAUGGUUAUUCUUCCAGUUCUAGAGAGCUGGAUAAAAUAUUCGAAUCGGGGACUUGCGAAGCUACGCGGAAGUGUAGAGAUUUGAUUUGUUCCGUGGGCUGGUAACAAAUAGAAUUUGAAAUUUCGUACGGGUGCCACCGCCGGAUCAGUUGAAUUCGUUUUAAUGUGGAGCGGAGAUGGUACAUUAAUUUCCAACAUUGCCAUCUGAAAUCGGUUUUUGGUAGUGCGUUGAGGACAUUAAUCUCAACCUGGCUCUUGUAUUUUUGGAGGAGGCUAAUUGCAGCUAUUUGGCUCCCUGGGCUACGCCAUGGCUUCGGGUGGCAGCGAUGAUGAACCUUUUCAAACAAACCCGGACAAACCCACAAAUCACUGCAAAAGCCGAUCACAGCAUGUGACUGCAAUGGAUGUUGUACAGGAGACUGAAGAUGUCUUCAGGAGUUACGUGUUCUUCCGGUACCAGUCAGAGAGGAAUGAAGGAGAGCAACUUCCAGAUAAUCCAGAAAUAACUCAGAUGCAUCAGCCAUCUAGCGGUACUCCAACUCUCGUAGGAAGGCAACUUGCUGUUAUUGGAGACGACAUCAACCGAAGAUAUGACAUGGAAUUCCAGAAUUUGUUGUCAGGGUUGCCACUCAAUGCACAAAAUGCCUAUGAUUACUUCUGCAAAAUAGCUAAUGGGCUUUUUGAAAGUGGUAUAAAUUGGGGCCGUGUGAUAGCGUUGUUGGGCUUUGGCUAUCGAAUGGCCAUUCAUGUCUUCCAGAAUGGUAUGAAGGGAUUUCUCAGUCAAAUUGCAAAAUUCAUAGCACAGUUUCUUCUGAAAAAUAGAAUUGCACAAUGGAUUGCAAUGCAAGGAGGUUGGGUGGCAGCUUUAGAGUUGGAUAAUAUUUAUGUCAAAUGGAUGCUUGGGAUUCUGUCUGUGGUUCUACUUGGUGUGUUCGUUGUCCACAAGUUUUACAAAUCUUAAUACAUGGAUCACUGCUGGAGCAGGCCUCCAGUCUUGGACUGCAAAAAAAUCUUUUUAGAAACAAUUCGCAUCGACAAAAUUAUGAGAUGUGCUAUUUAUAAUGAAUGGUGAUGUUUAUCGAGAAAUUCCCAGCUGUCAUUUAUUGGAUGGCCAAUUCCAACAAUCAUGUUUUUUUUAAACAAAGUUGUAUUAAUUUUCAGCUGGUCCAUUCUUCGCUUUUUUUGCACCUCAUUUCUAAAACAUGAGAUCAGUUCCAAUUCUCAGUGUUGUAUGCACAGAACUAUCUUUCAUGUUGCAUUGGCAAAACUGACAUCAACCAGUGUCCAUCCACUUGUGAAUCUUGUUCCUGCAGGAACAGCAUUUGUAUGCUGAGAUGUUGAGCCUUGGAGCUUUAAUAUGUUUAACAAAAACGACAGGGUAACUUUUGUACAUAGGAGUUUUAUUGUCAGCAAAACAAAUUGUUCUUUACUUUAAACCUUGGAUGCCUCCUUUCAAUUUUAAUGAACCUUUGCAUGGUGAUCUCAAAAGUUGUGUUAUUGGCAGUAUAAGCAGUUGUAACCCGAGGUGGAAGUGAUGUUGCAUCUACAACAAAUUAAAGUGCUUUAAAAAAUUUAAAAAAAAGGCUAGCAAAUUGUUGGGGCGAAACUGAAUUUGUGCUCAUCGUGGGAAUUGUGGUCAUAGAUGGCUGAGGCUUGAGUCUUGUUUCUUUUUGUUACUAAUUCGUGAACUGUGUAUAAUCUAGUUUAGAACUGUGGUAUUUUGGGAGUAUAGCAAUCUGAAUUUGGAUACUGGUGAAUUGUGCUGCUAGGCCCAACAGGUGUCUUGAAGUAUCCUAAAGUUUUUUUAAUGUAAAUGCUGAUUAAUUUAAGAAAGGAUUAUUUAAGAAUAACUGUUUGAAUUCUUAUUUAUGUUUGAGAGUUUGAAGACCAAUGUAGCAAUACAAAGGGAGCAGGCAUUUGGGCUGUCUAUAUUUAAUAACUAACCUCCUUUCUAUAGCUUGAUUAACUCCUGGCUUUCUGCAACUUUAAUGUCAGGGUAUAUUAGUGUAAAGAGAAAAGGCUUUGGGAAACUUUGUAAUAUUAUGGAGAUUGAAAUUUGUGCAUGUACUCAAUAUUAAUGUAAUUUUGUAACUCUUUGCUUAUUAAUAAUUUGCUUAUUAAACCUUAGAAGUUGGCAGAGAUUUAAAUUGUCUGCAGAUUAGCUUGUGUUUCUUGGAAUGAGCACCCAAGAAGGCAUUUAUAAUUUCCGAGGCACUAUUGUUUAAUCAUUCGAAAAGACCCCUUGACUGACAAUUUAUAAAGACCAGUUUUCCUCCAAGAAUUAAACUAUGAAAACCAAAUGCCUUGCAGCCUUUCUGCGUUUGUGAGCUAGCAAAGAUGAGUAGCACUUUAGGAUGUACAGGACCAUUGGAUCCUUAUCUUUAAUUUUGGUGCUCCCAAUACUGUGGACUGUUAUGGAAAGGAUACGUGGCUGCUGUGAUCCAAGUUAACUGAUAUGUGAGGCUUCGCACUGCCCAUGGUCUUAUGAACUGAAACUCUAUAAAAUGCGCAUGCUGUGUGAGAUGAAUCAAAAUGUAACAUAAAAGGAACGUGCGCUAGGACUAAAGUUUUAAAUUGGAUGAUGGAUACAUAUUUGAUUUCUCGUGCAUAAGAUGGAGCAGCAUGUUGAUGGCGAAGCAUUGUAUGUACUUUGUAGGUGCAUGUGUGAAUUCUUGGCCUUCUGCCAGAGGAAUCACACUGCCUGCAAAGUGUUUCGCUACAUGUGACUGCUCCAAUGCAACAAACGGUAGUCCGCAAAAACCAAUAAAUUUGCGUUUGGGAAUGGUGGUAGGCCACCAAAUAUCUCUGAGACCAAACUCUAUUUACAGAGGAUUUUGUACAGUAUGUACUCUUAUUCUCUUUCCUGCUGUUCUUGCAUAGCAUUAAAUGGAAAUAGGAAAUUCUUACCACUGACAAAGAAAGUGUUUAAAAUGAUCAGAACACUAUUAGAUCAAAGUUCAUAUGUGGUGAGCCAUAAAAGUUUAUGGUGGGAACAUCUAACAUUUAUAUAAAAGAUGAAGUUGACAGUACUAAACUGCAGUUGAUAACUUUUUUAAAUGGGUUACUCCAAUUAUCUUCCUAUUCUAGAUUUGAAUCAUUUGUCUUGUUUGACAAAGGCUAAUUUCAACACAGCCACAUUCCACCAUCAUAAAAUGUAAAUCCCAAUUGUCAAUUUGUAAUUGCUUGUGGCCAUUUAGUCGACAGACAGACAGACAGACAGAGGUCAUCCAAUUUUUUUUGUUAAUGGAUAUUGGCUAUAGAAUCUGAUUUGGUGUUAAAUUAUCAGUUUUUCAGGAAGCUUUUAACAAAAAUUAUUAAAUCAGUUUUAGCAGACCAGAAUAAGACCCUGGUUGUACUUUGACAAAAGCAAGAACAUUGAUUUUUCUAAGAGCUUCCACCUUUUUUCAUUCCACUCAUCUUUGUUUCUUUUUGAUUUUCCUUUCAACAUUUUUUUCUGGAGACCUUUCAUUUGACUGUAAAUAUUCCUUUUAGAGAUGAGUUUUCUCCUGUAAGCACAUUUCAAGAGCAUCAAGUAUGCACUGGAAUCAGCUUCUGUUCCUUGGCAUAUAGAUUUUGCUUCUACAAACAAAAAAAUAAGAACAUGCAACAGUUUUAAGCAGGUACUUUUUCAAUUAUUUUUGCACGUUUCAAUAGUGUAGUGCAAGUUUCAAAUCAGGUUUGUUUUCAGAACUCUCAAUUUUGUUUCCAAAAUUAUGCUUAUGCAGCAUAAAUUGUACUUGUAGACCACUCUGAAAAUUAAGUGCAAACCUAAAUGGGCAGCACUAAGAUAGAAAUCACCACUUGUGGCUUCUUGGCUCUUAAUAUAUUUGCGUGUAAUACUGUAAUAGUAGUCAAUUUCUUCCCAAUGAUUAUCAGAGAGGAACAACUUUACACAUUUGCCAGUUGAUCCUUAAUUGUGGCAGUAAUUGUGAUGUUGGUAUGCAAAUCAUCAGCCACUGUGGCAAUUAUGAGCCUUGUGUUCUGCAGGAAUGCUGAGUUGGUCAAUUUGGUAAAUAUAUCUGAUGAACUUAUUGUGCAGCUACAAUCAUGGUGUACCACAUAACAACAUAUUGUUUGUGUUUUAACGUUAUGUGGAAGUGACUGUUUAAGUAUUGGAUAGCAGUGGAAGUAUUUUUCAGUUUAUAUAUUUUGCAUAUAUUCUUGUGAACAAUUGUCAUGUUUGUCAUUCUCAUAUUUGGUACUUCAAACCUCUGGGUAAUUAACAACUUGAAACGUGUUAAAACGUAUAAAUUUAAAUAAUGCAUGUGACGCUGUAUACCUAAUUAGAAGUUCAAUCAUAUGGAGUUAAAAUAAAACUUUUAUAUCAGCUGUGCUGCUCUGUUUACUGUUACAGGAAAGAGAUGUAAGUGACAGUUGUGUAUUUGUACAGUGAAAUAAAGCCAUGCCUUUGCAAAAUAUUCUGUUAUUUCCCAACUCUUAAAUAAAACCUCUAAUAAUUCAUUCUU